ACACUUUCUGCAAAAAGAAAAAAAAAAAAUCAGAAGGACAUGGCUCAAACUGCUGCUUUUGAUUUUCUUUUCGAGAACUUGAAGCUGCUACUUGCAUGUAAGGCCAACGAGUUUCAAGAUCAUAAGCAGCAGAUCGAAUAUCUAUACAAGGACCAAAAAAUCCUGUGGAUCCUCGUCAAGGAAUUAGUUGAGAAACGCUCUGAGCACAAUGAAGUGAAAAUUCUGGUGACAAAACUCGUUGAUGUGGCAGACAAGGCAGCCAAUUUAGUCAAAUUAAUUUUGGACGAAAUAGAUGAUACCGAGCAAAUGCUCUUUAGUGAUUUGGACGAAAUAGAUGAUACCGAGCAAAAGGUCAUUAGUGUCAUAGAAGAUCUUAAGAUUAUCAACACAAUGGCACGGGAGAUUUGCACCAAGGUGUACGGUAUUGGAGUCCAGCAACUGCACGAAUGUGGUGGAUGCUCAUCUUCAUCAAGAGCAGGCAGUGGCACUCUAGUAGUGGAGGAUGAAACUGUGGUGGUGUUCUCGCAAUUUGGUAAGUCUUCCGAGAUUGGAAGUUUAGCGAUAAAAGAUACCGAGGAAGCAAUGGUGGUGGGCUUUGAUAGGGGGGCGGCGAGGAUGGUGGAUCGGCUUACUGGACGACAAAAGAAGUUAGACUUUGGUUGGAAGGUGCCGAUGAUUGUGUGGCUUUCUGAACGAAUCGGCACUGAACGACAAAAGCAUUUAGAAGAGUUGGGCUUUGAUUUGGUGGCGGCGAGGAAGGUGCUUACUGGAGGACAAAAGCAGUUAGAAGUGGUCUCAAUUGUCGGCAUGCGCGGAAGUGGUAAGACAACUCUGGCCAGAAAAGUGUACAAUGAUCCUUGUAUUGCAUCUCACUUCAAUGUUGGUGCCUUUAUCAGUGUUCCGAAACAUGGAGAUUUGUCGCUUGGAGUUUUAGAUUCGUAUCUUUUUAUCACUGAUCAAAUUCGUAAAAUGAAUCAUGAAGAGCUAUGUAAAGAGCUUUAUACAUUCUUGGAAGGCCAAAGAUAUCUUGUCGUCGUCGAUGAUAUAAUGGAUAUUUGUGUCUGGAACCAUUUAAGGAUAUGUUUUCCAGAUGACAACAAUGGAAGUAAAAUUAUUCUAACUAAGCAACAAGAGCGUAUGGCUUUCAAAGCUAGCCCUCUUACCCCUCAGUUGCUGCUGCCUCUUCUCACUCUCGAUGAAAGUUGGGUUUUACUGGAAAAAAAGGUAUUUGGUAAAGAAAGCUGCCCUCAAGAAUUAUGGAAAUUCGGAAGCAAAAUAGCAGAAAAAUGUCAUGGACUACCUCUCACAAUUGUUGUUAUAGCAGGACUCCUUGCAAAGGAAGAAAAGACACAAUAUUUUUGGGAGCAUGUUGCCCAAAGUGUAGUUUCUUACGUGGCUGCAGUACUUAUUUUCGCCUUUAAGUUUCAUCCUGAUCUAGAACUUGCUUACAUUAACAUUAUUGAGGAUUCUCUGGGGCUUGGUUAUAUCAGUGAUGAUAUUAAAAUGACAAUAAAGAAAGAGGUCAUGAAGCAUUAUACCAAAAAAAUGAAGCAAUAUACCAAAAAAAUGUGUAUCAGUAUCCCACAAGAUGAAAGGAGCACCUGUGGGAGUUCAUUAAUAGCGAGAACACCAAAUGAACUGAAAAUCAUGGCCAGUGGAAAUUCGUCAAUACAAAGAAUUCUAAAUACAGAGCAAACAGGGAGAAGGAGUCCUCCAACAGCUGGUAUUCCUAAUGUAGAUAAGGAAAUUGUGGUUGGAUUUGAUCAGGAAGCAGAGACCAUUAAAGAGCGACUUAUAGGCCAGAAGAAGUUAGAAGUUGUCACCAUUGUGGGCAUGGCUGGACUAGGUAAGACAACUCUAGCUAGAAAAGUGUACAAUGAUCCUUUUAUUGUAUAUCACUUCUAUAUUCGAGGUUGGGCCUAUGUGUCUCAAGU